UAAGGCCGCCUUCUGUGACGCAUGGCUCACGCUACGGUACGCCAUUUGUGUCUAGCAGCAAAAAGCGCGGACAUUGGGAAUAGUCGUUCAAAAAGAGACUUUGAUCCAGCAUUGAAGAGAGAAAUCAACUUCAGUGUAGUGUGUAAUCAUAUCAGGAUAUGAUAUGGAUAAAACACUGAUAUCGGGAGAGAAGGCAGUUGUGGAUGAAGUGCCUGAGAAUGCCACCAGUGGGAAGGAGCUGGCAGAUGUGGAAAUGGAGGAAACUGAAGGAGAUUCUCCCAGUAGGACUGGUGAACCUGAUGGAGCGGAUGAGGACCUCGAGGACCAGAGGCUGGAGCCAGACUCUGAUCCUAAAGAUGAGAAUAACCUCUGCACAAAUUGUGGCUUCAUAGCCAAAUGUCCAAGAUCACUGAAGAUUCACUCGGCACGAAAACAUGGAAAGACCUCUGAUAAAUCUGCAAAGCCUCCUGAUAAAAUUAGCUCUGAUGUGAGUCCGGUCGAAAUCCAGCAGGAGGCAGCCAUGGAGACAGAAAUUGGCCUUGAAGGAACAAAACCUAACCAGGAUACGGAUCACGAUGAACAAAAACAAACAGAUGGUGACAGUGACACGGGUGAAAAUAGUUCCACUAAAAAGGCAAGUGAAUCAGGUAUACAGCAGGCAGAUCAAGAAGAUGCAACUCCUACCCAGGAGAGAAGAUUAAGCAAGCGAACCCCUAAACCAAAAAUCAUUUAUUCCUGCAACUACUGUGGUCAAGAAUUUAGAGACAAGUCUCCUCUAGAUGUUCACACCCAGAGAUACCAUUCCAAAGACACCCCAUACACAUUUGACACAGAUGAGAACAUGGAUGAAAAGAGGGAAGCUCCCCUUCCAAGCAACAUCGUGAAUGCUACUCCAACACGAGUAGCGUCCAAACGCACACUAAGCAGAUUCCAGCUGAGGUGUGGAAAGUGCGAUUUUAGGGUUAGCACUGCAGCGCUGUUGGAGAGCCACACUCGUCUCAAACACCUGGACCAGGAAUGGUAUCGUUGCAAAUUGUGUGACUUCUUUUCAGCCACAUCUGAGUGGAUGGAUGCUCACUUGACUUCAAAUAGCCAUAUGCAACAGCAGAAAGGAGAGAGGAGCACAGAAUCUUCUUCGUUUGAAGUGUAUGUUGAGAGGGUGCACAGAGACAUUGCUGGAGAGGGUGGUAAUAUACUCGAUAUGGCUCAGGGGCCUGGUGAAGAAAGGAUAGAUCCUGUGGCAGUAGAAGAGCACGAAACCGACGAGGCCACGGAGGCUGCCAAAGCGGUGUUGGAUGAGGAGGAAGAUUUAGAGGUUGGGCCUCCCAAAAAGAAAAGAGGAAGGCCGAAGCAAGGGUCCACAACCACUUGUGCAUAUUGUGGUCUGGUAGUGUCCAACACCACCAACCUCAGUGUUCAUGUACGCCGCAAACACAGCAAAGAUUACGGCUACAGCUGCACUCUGUGCAACUACAGCUGUGUUACUAAAGGAGACAUGGAUCGUCACUGCAUCACCAAGAAACAUGUCAGGCGAGCGCAAGAGUGUGCAAACAAGAAUCCAGUUCCUAAUCAAGGAAGUGAAUCACUAAAGGAACCCACAAGAACAGAAGGCCAGGACUCAAGUACUGCUACACAAACCAACGAGAAAGGCCAGGAAUCUGACAACGCGUCUUCCAAAGAACACAGCGGAGAGGAGCAUGCUCAGUCAGACACAAACCAGAAAAAAAGUAAAUAUGACUCUGUUAAUGCCUGCAGCCUGUGUGAUUUUGUAGCUCAUUCAAUCCCUUCCCUCCACCUUCACGUAAAGAGAAAGCACACCAGAGACUUUGAGUAUGUCUGUUUAGCAUGUAGCUACUAUGCUGUAACAAGCAGUGAAAUGUCUCGGCAUGCCAACUCAGAGAAGCAUAAGCAGAAAGGCCAGCAAUACCUGGAACGACAAAAAUUAAAGCCAAAGGAGAUCGCUGACACUGACCCUGAAUGCGAUCCUCAUAGCUCCACAGAAAUGUCUGCGUCUUGUUCCAGUGACCAUGAAGCUUUGGAAAGCCAGAGUACAUCUACAUCCUGUGUCAUCACAGAGCCUGUGAAUGCUGUAGUUACUGAGACUGACAGUGUGGAUGAAAACCAACCAAAGAGUAUAACAUCUUCCUCUGGUGAACCUGCUCCAACCAACCAAACGGUUGGGCUAACAGCAGUGUCCGAACCCCAGGAGUCUCCGGAAGAACUUCCGCUUUCAGAGGAUCAGUCAACACAGCAAGAGAUCCAGGACAAAAAUGGUAAACAAGCAGACGUUGCUGAUGCGACGAUUGUAGAUACACAAAUGUCCAAAGUCUCUCCAUUUGAUGGCUGCAUUGUAUCAGUGAAGGACCUCACUGAGCAGGAGCAUGCACUGCAGAACAGUCUGGCUCUGGAAGGUGAGGCCGCAGUGAUAUGUCUGACUGGAGGAGCAACAUUGCCCUCGGUCUUACCGUCCCCAAGCUCUGCAUAUGUCAAAAAGCUCAAAACCAAGGACGUGAAGUCAAAGGAGGAAACCAAGGGCAGUUCUCACAUACGCUGCGAUGACUGCGGCUUCAUGGCAGACGGCAUCAGCGGCCUCAACGUCCACAUCUCAAUGAAGCAUCCAUCCAAGGAGAGGCAUUUCCACUGUCUGGUGUGCGGCAAGUCCUUCUACACCGAGAGCAACCUGCACCAGCACCUGACCAGCGCCGCCCACCUCCGCAACGAGCAGAACAGCGUGGAGGAGCUGCCCGAAGGGGGCGCGAGCUUCAAGUGUGUGAAAUGCACCGACCGCUUCAUUUCGGAGCAGGAUCUCUUCGUUCACAUAAAGGAGAAACACGAGGAGCUCCUGAGGGAGGUCAACAAGUACGUGCUGGAGGAUACCGAGCAGAUCAACCGCGAGCGCGAGGAGAACCAGGGCAAUGUGUGUAAAUACUGUGGCAAAGUGUGCAAGAGCAGCAACUCCAUGGCCUUCCUGGCACACAUUCGCACACACACUGGAUCCAAGCCCUUCAUGUGCAAGAUCUGCAACUUUGCAACCGCUCAGCUGGGCGACGCGAGGAACCACGUCAAGAGGCAUCUGGGCAUGCGGGAGUACAAAUGCGACAUAUGUGGAUGGGCCUUUGUGAUGAAGAAGCAUCUCAGUACCCAUAUGCUGGGGAAACAUGGAGUUGGACAGCGCAAAGAGAGGAAGUUUGAAUGCGAGUUGUGCGAGCGCUCCUUCAGUGAAAAAUGGGCCCUGAACAACCACAUGAAACUGCACAGUGGGGAGAAACCAUAUAAGUGCGCCUGGCCGUCCUGCCACUACUCCUUCCUCAGUUUGUCAGCCAUGAAGGACCACUACAGGACGCACACUGGAGAAAAGUCCUAUCUGUGCGACCUGUGUGGUUUCGCGGGAGGCACGAGGCACGCCCUCACCAAACACAGACGCCAACACACAGGAGAGAGGCCCUUCAAAUGUAAGCUGUGCAACUUUGCCUCCACCACGCAGUCCCACCUCUCUCGGCACAAACGCGUUCACACCGGGGAGAAACCAUACCGCUGCCCCUGGUGCGACUACAGAUCCAACUGUGCAGAGAACAUCCGAAAGCACAUUCUCCAUACUGGAAAACACGAGGGCGUGAAGAUGUACAACUGUCCCAAGUGUAACUACGCUACCAACUCUCCCAUGGAGUUCCGCAACCACCUGAAGGACAGUCACUCUGAUAUUGAGAACCCGGACCUUGCCUACCUACACGCAGGUAUCGUGUCCAAGUCCUUUGAGUGUCGCCUGAAAGGCCAAGGGGCUACAUUUGUGGAAGCAGAGGCCGUGGACUCCCCUGUGCACAGGAAGGAUUCGUCCGGGGCAUCUGGCCACGAUGAUUCCGUCCAGCAGGUCAUCAUAAUCCAGGGCUACGGUGACGGGGAGGUGGCCAUCGACCAGGCCCUGGAGGAGUCGGCCGCUGCCACCCUGCAGACGCUGGCCAUGGCCGGCCAAGUGGCCGAGGUCCUCCACAUAACCGAAGACGGGCAAGUCAUAGCCUCGGGCAGGGAAGUGGCGUCUGCGGGGGCCCACCUGGCCGGAAGCAGCACCCAGUACGUGGUCCUGGAGUCGGGGGAGGCCAGAAAGGAGCUGCGGGCCGUGACGAGAGGAGGAGUCGCGGUCGCAGCCGCCGCAGGACAGGGCCACAUCGUCUCCGAGUCGUCCACUGCUCUGGACGCUCUGCUCAGCGCCGUCAGCGAAAUGGGCCACCAGGAGGAAAUUCAGGGAGAGACGGCCGUCGUUGGCGAAGGCUUGACCCCCGAGGAGGCCGAGGCCGCGCAAAGCGAAGCGCGGUCGCACGUGAAACAGGAGCAGGAGGAGGUGCGGGUCAUCCAGGAGACCAGCCAGAAGGACAUGCAGGAAGUGCUGCAGCUCGCCGCAUCCCAGAUGAUGAAGGAAGGCCUCACUCAGGUCAUCGUCAACAAUGAGGGCACCCACUACAUCGUGACUGAGCUGGACGACUGCACCGUACAGGUGGAGGGAGGCGUGUAUGGAGAGGCUGGGCCCGGUGACGGGGAGGCGCAACAGGUGGAGCAGGAAGCAGGAGAAGAGAUGGUGGUCUACCUGGAUGGAGCCCCUCAUAAUAUAGUGCUGGAAGGGUAGAGGACAGAGAGAGUCUGGAGAGAUUCGACACUUCCUGGGUGUCCUUUAGCGUAGCCCUGAUUUUAUUCUUUUUUUUUCAUGUUUUUGUUCAUCACAUCAGUUUGCUACUAUCUUCUCUCGGGCUAUGCCAAACUCAGGUUAAACGUCAUUUAUUUUGAGUUCAGUGGAAGGAGCGAGGUUCAGAUGCAAGUUCACACAAUGAAAUGAAUACGACUACUUCCCCUUGAAGUAUUUUCUAAUGCAUCUAAUAUGUUAAACGGCUCUUUACAAUAAGAUAUGGAAUCUGCUUUUUAGAGUGAACAUCUGCUUUUUGUUUUCUUUAUAAAUGUUCAAGUUUUGUUUAGCUAUGAAAGAAUUUUACGUCCUGCAGUUUGACAGUGGUUUAAUUUUUGCCUGUAAUUUUUUUUCUUUGUUGCGUGUCGUCCGUUACAAAAAUUAAAAAUUCCAACGCAGACCAUAUAGACGACUUCUUUGUAACAGAAUUACAAUCCUACUCUUUAGGUUUUUGUCAACAAGAAAAUAAAGUGUCUAAUUUCUGACAAUAAAGCUUUGAGUAUAAUUUCUA